AUGGAUAGAAAAUCUGCUAGAAUAAAAGCAGAGUUGCAAAGAUAUGGUUGGAGAGUUUCGAAGAAUUUUAAAUAUAGGAAGGGAAGACCCAUAAAAGUCUAUGACAAAUUGUCUGGUCUUCGCUACGAAAUGGACUUAGAAACAGCACGUGCAAAUUAUCCAAACAGACUAGAGAGGUUAGAAGAAGAACGUCUUAUGGACAUGCCUUUCGAUGUUAGUGAACCUCAAGUUGAAGGACACGACGGCUUUGCCAGAUUCUACUGGAAACAUGACGAACAAUUGCAUCCUUUGAGAAGGAAAAAAGGAAAAGGUGAAGACGCACAUGCUCCCAUGGAAAGAACAAGAUAUGCAUAUGAAAAGUAUCGUGAAGUUAGAAGUCAAAUUACAUCUGGUCGAACCUUUACAGUAAACUUUGACGAAGGAAAGAACAAAGAAGGCUUCAUGGGAGUACUUGCUGCCAUACAAGACGGAAAUAAGAAAGGAUACAAUCUCAGACUAACCGUAACAGAUUUAGAUGGUCACAUUUACUAUGCGCAUGGCAAUGAACAAACAGCCGCACAACUUCUUGACGCUUUCAAGACUACAAAGAGAGAACAAAUGGUUGACUCCGACUCAGACAUUUUGAAUGCGAUUGAAGGGAUUGCAAGCGUGAAGUUCGAAUGGUACCAACCCAACCCUCAAGCAGUCAGACAACAUGCUGGGUAUUUCCCGUUCAUAAACAAGUCUGACAUUAACUUAACCAG